AUGCGGUAUUUGCCUCGAGAUUACCAGUGUCUCCCGCCGAUCCAGAAUGCUCACUACGGCGUGCAUGCUCUUCCCCCUUCCAUCCCUCCAGAACGUCGACGGCCCCGCCAUCCCUGA